CUGUGCUUCUUCUUCCACUUACUUAGGUCCGGCCUGAGAGAGAGGGAGGAUGGCUACGGGAGCACAGCCAGGAGUACGACGCCACAACGCCGUCCGAAUGACACUCCAGAACAGCGGAGAAGGGGGCAGCGAUGCUAGUGGUCCCCCCCAGGUGGCACAAGGGGCGAAGGGCGCAGCCGUAAGGGGCGCCGCAGAGCCAGCAGCUACUGGGGGGGCAAGCAAUGCUGCUGCCCCCAAUGUCAACAGGAGAGUGACAGAUGAGGACCGCAGCAGACCCAGACGGGACCGCUCCAGCGACCUGCUGCGGUCCCUCAUAGAGGAUUUCUCCCUCCGCGACGCCGGGGGCGCCUCUCCCCCCCAACACACGUGGGUGAGUUCUUCUGGAAGCUCUUCUUCGAGAAUCGAUUUGUUUCUGCUCUCCCCAGGCCUGGGGGUGCCCGCUUAUUCCAUCCAGGCGGUGCACUUCUCGGACCACCACAUGGUGACCGUGUCCACAAAGACCCGCAGCUCAACCAACCCCUCUAAUACGACGGCCUUAAUGUGUUUCUUAAGCGCCUGUCAAGAAACCGCAAUACCAAACUGUUCAGCCAAUAACAAAAGGCCGCAGCAGGACCAUCGGGUGGACCCGGAGGACAAGGCCGAGGAGCAGGCAGACGGGGGACCCGAGGACCUCCCUCCAACGACGGCGGCGGCACCCGGAUCCAGCGAGACCAGCUUCUUGGAUCAACGCCUGGUGCCAUCUGCCGGAAGGGAGGUUCCACUGCGCCUUGUGGAGCUGACUUCCGACCAGCUCCCUUGGUGCGGCAACGUUUGGUCCCCCUUGGAAGGACCAACAUCACUUAGCGCUGUACCUGUGCUUCUUCUUCCACUUACUUAG